CAGACAGAUAUUCCUGCCAUCCUCGGGUCCGUUCAUAGCUGAUAUCUCAGCUGCAUUUUGUUGUUACCCGCAUACACGGACCAAGAAAGUUUUCUGGAAACGAGCUCCUGUCUUCGAAGACGAGAACCAAAAACGCAUAUCAAAGGGGUUCGACAGGCGACGGAACCCCAGACGCGUCAGCGCCCUCAGAGCAGCGGCCCGCGUCACCCGACACGAGCGACAUGGACACCGGAUCGUCAGCAAGUGUCAUGAAGGGGGACGAAGCACGCGACGAUCCGAUGCAAGAGGGCCAAAAAGGGGAUGCCCCGCUUCGCCAUCGCGAGAAAUGGAGGCGCUGCGAGGCCGAGCGUGCAGCACAGCGCGAGGCGGAGGGCGCACCUCACAGCGUGUCUGUCACAGACCCUGUCCCCGCCCCUCAUCCCGACGCCGCACCAUCCACAGACGUAGUCAUGGAGGACAUUCCGGGUCUUUCCAGGUCCACAGUGACAGAUGCAGAGAUGAGCGCACAGCCGUUAAUGUGGGAGGGUGACGGCCGAUCGGCGCGGCCGUCCAAUCUCGAGCCUGGGGAGGUCGAAGAGGCCGAGGAGAAAAGCGUGCCGCUGUGGUUGGGGCGAGGGCAUCCAGAUCUCCCACCCGGGGAGGGGCAGGCCCCGUCCCGCCUUCCAUCGCUGGAUGUAGGCUACUUGCGCAGCGCGCAGGCCGGGCAGGUAUCGCUGAUGGACGCCUGCAGGGACCAGCUCGGGGCUCUGCUGACCAUGAGCGUCACGGCCGCAGACUCAGAGAGGCGAGCACAAGGACAUCACGUGGCCGCAGAAGACGUGAAGGAGAGGGUGGCGGGGCUGCUCACUGACGAUCUUUGUUGCGACUUUCUGCAGCAGGCGAUGGAGGCCGUGAAACAGCUCGCCGAGCGCAAUCGCGAGCGCGCACGGCGGUGGAGGGAGCAGUAUCAGCGGCGGGAAUACACGUCGCUGGCCAAACGCGCGCAGGGCGUUGAUCAGAGCGCGGCGCCGGAGGAGGCGCGGAAGCGGUCGCGCCAUUCAGUCGAUCCCCCGAGCGCUGUUGGGAUCGGGGACGGCGAGAUGAUUGCCAUAGAACCUAUCGCUCGGAAUCUGAUCCCGAAUCCUAGUACGUUCAGGCGUCGAGCGUCAACCCCCAAGGCGCCAAAGGCGAUGCGCGCCAAGGCACAAGUAGCAGCCGUGGACACAUUCCUCACGACCCUCUCUUCCGAGCCUGACGCGAAGCCAUCCAGCGAUCCGCAUCCGCAGCGCGCACGGGCAGGUGUGGAAAACGCACAGAUGGAUCAGUCGAACCAGACUGCUCAUCGCAGCUCCGCAGUCGUUCCUUCAACUGCGCGGUCACCUCCCUCCUCUCCAUGCACGACGGAUCUCCCUACCGUAUCAAAUACAAGCGUCCAUAGCAGUCCACACACAGAGGACCCAAAUGAUAACAUCAACCAGGCGGGAUCUGAUACUGAUCGCGGCGUUGGCAUUCCAUGGAAGACGUUCAUGAAGCCGGAACAAUCCCCAGUGGAAUCAGUGAUGCCUACAGUAACGCAGACUGAAUAUAGAUACCAGUCAAACAACUCCGACAACGCUAGCGCAGCCUUGCCAGACGCUCACGCUCAGUAUAUAACUAUGCAGUCUCCUGCGCAGGACUCAGGUGCAUCCCCACUUCCGACUAUGGGUGUACCUGUAUACACUCUCCCGCCAUCUCCGCCGCCGCCACCUCUCCCCCUCCCUCCGCGAUCUACGGUUCCCGGGCUUUGGUCUGUCCUGGUUGGAAAGCCAUCGGCGGACAGUUUGGAGAGCACAUUCAAUGUCGAUCCCGAUACGGCAGCGGCCACACAGCAGUGGCAG